UCAAGCUCCAAGGACUUCCAAGGGCACAUAUGAAAUACAAAAGUAAGCCAAGAAAGUGAAUAAUAUGUGAAGGCGCCAUGGUCCCGUGCCUAGUCACACAAUGGAGCCAUCCGAUAAAGACUCUAGCCUUGGUUAAACCCGAGAUUUAGAUGUGCAAUCUGGAAGCUUAAACUUGGUUAGUAGCAGGAAAACACGAACAACUCAGUUAUGUCCUCAAGAAUUGCAGAUUGAAGCGAAUUGUUGAGAGCUAGAGCGAAUUUAUUUUGUCGUGUGAUGUGGUGGUGAUGUGGAUGAAUAGAGAUUUACGUGCACUACACAAGUUCAACUCAAGAUAAGUACGUGUCAGUGAAGCUAUGCUGUAAAUAUACACGUACAGAGAAAAGAUUUUUUUGAGAGAGGGAAUACUAUACAUCUUAACUUGGGUGGUGGUGAGAUGCACGGAGGAAAGCGCCGAGCGGAUGCAUGCCGUAUAAGUAUGCAUGCAAGUGUAUAAAACCUGCUUGGUUAGUAGCAUCCAUCUCUACAUAUAUGAAAAUAUGCAACCUCGUGUCCCGUCACCACUGCACUGCAAGAAGAAGAAGAAUGAACCUGUUUUGAGCAAACGGGCCUUUUCCAGGCUGGACUGGUAAACUUUCCGAGGGCAGCGCAGUUUUCCCUUGUCCCGUUAUCGGGAGGAGAAAGUUUUUGCCUCCUCUAGGCUGUUUGGCAUACUAGUUGGAGUGGAGAAAGUAUGGAUGGGAGAACAUCGCAGCAGCAGAAGAGUGAGUUUUUGGGUAUAAGAGGAUUUGUGGAGACGGAUCCCAGCCGCAGUGAUCAGCACGCUACGGGUGUGAUUGGAUUCACCACCUUUUGGUGUUUCUUUUCCCUUCACCGCAGUACCGGUCAGUCCCUUCCCCAACUUCUCCACCCCCACAAUAACCUACAGUAACCCACACCCCAAUAUCCAGUGUGCCCCAUGUGUGCUCUUCCCGUCUUAUAAAUACUCGUAAUUAGUUGACCAACCUACUUCUCCUGCAUACAAAGUACUUCGUCUUCGACUCUCUUGAAACCAUAAUCCGCAUUAUGAGUUGACCUUAUAUUUCCUCUCGCUCAUUUCCGAAUUUAUUUCCUUCUUUACUUUUUUCAAUCAAAGUUAUCCCUCUAUUUCCGCUCUUCCCAAGCAGAAGCAGCAGUACAGAGUUUCUUGUAUUCAAUGUGUCCACUUGUAACAAAGCCUUCCUACAUGUCACCCAUAACUCACUUUAAUUCGUCCGUGCCUCACGAUGGGCAAUGGCAUGAAUAGGGUACUUCCAGGAUUAUUCGUUGGAAAUUAUAGGGAUUCAAAGGACGCUGGACAGCUUGAGCGUCAUAGAAUCACGCACAUCAUUGCGAUUCACGAUUGUGCCCGUCGAUUACAUACGGAUAAGGAAUAUCUUUGCAUCACAGCAUCUGAUACUCCUUCGCAGAAUCUCCAACAAUUUUUUCCUGCGUGCAAUGACUUCAUUCACGAAGCGAGGGCCGAAGGUGGGAAUGUUCUCAUUCAUUGUUUGGCCGGCAUGUCUAGAAGUGUCACGAUCGUGGUGGCUUAUAUUAUGAGCAUUUCAUCGCUUCGGUGGAAUGAAGCUCUCAAAGUCGUCAGAGGAGCUCGAGCCGUAUCCAACCCAAACAGCGGAUUUCUAAAGCAGUUGCAAGAAUAUGAUAACACCAAGCUGCUCGACGAGCGAAGACGGUUGGUGGACAAAUUCCCAGGGACGCCGCAAUUCGAACAUGACGAAGAGCAUUGCAGGAGGCUUUUGAUUUCAUACGAUCAUCUUCUUCUUGCCAAAGCAAUUUGCGAUGGGCGAUGCACAUCAGCUAGAAUUUGUCCCACAGGAACUUGCCGAGCCCAUGCAUCAUCACGAUUUACCAGGCAAAGAUCAGGUGAAAACUCGCCGCGAGGGAGUACCAAGUCAUUGGACAGCAGUGGAAACGAACCACCGUCUUCCCCCCGGAACUGGGAACGACAUUAUGGUUGCUGGAAAAAUCAUGUUCGUAAUCAACCAGGCUCCACAUCCACACCUGCCAGCCCAAUACUCUACAGGACUUCAAAGUCCCAAUCUCGAAGGAGUGAUUCCAUGUUAUCAAUUUCUUCCGUAUCUUCCAUUACGUCGUUGCCAGGCCAGAUUUCAUUGGAGAAAGACUCACCUCGCAUUAGGCCGGAUCGGAAGGAUGCCCUCCUUUCCACCCAGUCCUGCCCCAACUCUCCACGACGAAUGCCGAGAAAGCCUGGAGCAGCACUGCUGGUAACUCAGUCUCAACUUGGAUCCCUUGGGUCUGGAGUGUCUCCAAUUGAUGUAGCAAGACUGCUCGCAGCUAAAGACAAACGGACAGAAGACACUCUUGCUGUUCCUUUGCCGUCUUCUUCUUCUUCUUCUGCUACGCCUUCCUGUCCUGAUCCUGCUACGUCCACAUCGUCCUUGACAGAAGUGUCAAAAAAUAACACUGUUGGAGAAUCGAGUGCCAGCAGCAGUAGAACUGCGACAAGUUGGGGGACCCCACCACCAACAAGUAGUCCGUGCCAUCGAUUUAUAGCUCAUAACAACGCUCAUGCUGCUGGAGUUCCAGCUCCGACCACCACUGCAAGAAAUACCAUACACGAUCGUGCACGUGGUAUAACUCGCUGGGUUAUGAAGAGGAGUGCCUAUAAAUUUUCCUUUGAUAAGUCGUCGUAAGGACUGCACAACAAUCAUUUAAGGUGUUACGUAUAUUUAUUAACAACCCACUUUCGAGUAAUUUCGUGGCCUACACACAUUUCUGCUCUCUCACCCGUCGCAUCAUUAUGUGCAUAUUUACAUACAUGGUACUACAUAUAUAGGAAUGAACGCAUAUAUAUGGAUAUUCAUUCAUAGGAACCUGUCCAAACUUUAUACCUUCCAAUAAUAGUCACUGUGAAAGCUUACAAACUUGCAUCACGGUGCAUACGUAUAGUUGAAAUGCUUCGGAACCAAUAUAAGGAAAACGCUUAUCAAUUUCUCAUAAAAUAUGAGCAAUUGCACACUCAUGCUAAAGUACUUAUAACGUAGCGGCCGUGAGUGGUGGACCCAAUUUUCUGUUGUUAUCAUGACACCUAAUACUACAUACAUACAUGCAUACCAUGCUUAUAGAAAGAAGAGAUUCAAAUGUUUCAGAGUUAUCAUGGGAAACAUGACUGCAGUGAAAUUUGCUAUAAUUCAGAGAUUCAGACACAUCGCUACAUUCGCAUGAUUACAUAUUCAUUACACAUAUUACACAUUUAUCAGCAUACUCGGAGACAUCGCCCUUGCAGAUUUACGACCAUCUAACUAGAUUAUUCUUUGUUUAAGGAAUUAGAGGAAAUCGCGUUUAUUUGAACCUCGCGUUUAUUGUGUGCGUGUAUGUGCACAGAUCCAUAAGCGAUCACUUUUCACGAAGGUUCUUAAGUUGGGCAUAAACGAUGUAUGAGCAUGCGGGAUUAUAACACUAGUACAUACAAUCGAAAUUUUAUUAAGAGCAAUUCACUAAAAUUGAACCAACUGGAAAACUGGAGCAAGUCUCUCCUGUCAUUUUUUAUGCGUGAGAAAUACAUGAAAAGCAAAGUAUUGUGUUGACUCGGGUCACUAACAUAUAAGGAAUAUUUCAUAGCCUCCGUGAUUAAUGGGAGACCAAGUGAUUUGCUGAUUUUUUUGACGCGUUGUUAUUAACGAGUUUCGCAUCACCAAGAUAAAUGCUGGUCAUUAAAGGUGCUGGUCGUUGUUGAACGAUAGAAAGGUUUAUGCCUUAUCUUACCUUAUCAGAAAUGCAAGGUACCUGCAACUAGGUGCCCUGGUGUUUGCAAUAAAUGGGCGUUUGUACAUAAUAAAUGUCACGUCACGACUUAAAAUGGUGCUACUUUACUAAUUUUACUCAUCAUCAUUGGCAUUAAUAUUGGUCAGCCUACAAUGAUUUAAAAUUGCCAUUGUGAUUAUAUAAUGCAAGUGUAGACAUCUACAAAUACAAUAAAAAUCGUUAACCUAUAGCGAAAAGCCAAUAAUUAGAUACAUAAAUGUACAUACCUACAUAUAUCUACAUGUCCCCCGUACAUAACGAUGAUAAUCGAACUUGACAAUUAUGGGCAAGUCAGGAAUGAAUUGAGAAGUAUAAUUUCUGUAAGUUGAUAUGCUUAUAUUAAGAAAACUAAGGUGAAAAAGACAAUGCCCGAAAUGCAUAAGUAAUGAUAAUUCUGCGUGCGAGUUAUAAUGACGAGUAUGCACUUUCUCCACUCCCUGAGGAUGAGAACUGUAAGCACAAAUACUAAAAUUAAAUGUGCUGAUACCUUCGUCAUUUUCACUUUGUUUAUUCAGUAAAAUGCUUUUGUAAAUGCGUGCAUCAAUUGCGCAGUCUUUUACUUUGAAUCUUACUCCCCUGUAAUCUGACUACAUGUUAUGCUAUUUUUUAUAUUCUUGAUCAAUGAACUUAAUUUGCAUAAUGAAAUGAUUAAUUUUAAAAUAUUGAUUAUGCUUUGAUCCUAAAAUGGAAAUGCGUCAUUGGUAUUUGUAAUGCGUUAAUGAAAUGACAUGGAAAGGACCAUAUGAACAUUAAAUAAUUGUGAACUCGACUGUAGUGGAGCAAUCAUUUAGAUAAGUACGCUACGCUUUCAUGAAGUAAUAAAAGUUUAUGGACAUAUUUAUAAUUAAGUACAUACAUAUAUGCAAUUGUAUUACGAAUGUGAUGAAAGAUUUUGAAAUUAAAUUUGAAUACCACUGUACAUUCAAUAGAAAUAAAGAUAUAGCUUUCAUUUGCGAGUGCAUAAAUUA